CUCCUAUCCUCCCCAGUGUCACUGCAGAGAUGCUGACCAAUGCAACUUCAAGCGUCAACUGCACCAACUACCGAGUGAUAGUUAAAGGAUUAAGCAAGACCCUCUACAAAAUGACGCCUUCCAAAAAGCAUGAGCUCGCUCUGGGACUUGUGGCAUACCUUAGAACAUAUGCUGGACAGAAUAAUGUUCCAGCUUGCAGAAUAGACAUCCAAGAUGAUGCUGACUGGCUUGUCAUCAACUUGGGUCCAUUCUCUCAGUACACAACCUAUUCUGAUCUACAAGCUUUAAACAUCACAGGGACAUCAGUUCUAGACUUCCUCUCGCCAAACCAGAAAGCUGAGUUGAUUGUGGAGCCCACCAAUCUGGGAAAUGAAACACUUGUGAGAGUGGUUUUCCAACAACUCAUUGCGACAUCAAGUUUGGCUCAGCUUGAUUCCUUCUAUGAAGGGUUUGUGCAGGGUGCUGCUAAGCAAAACCUGACAACAAUGGACCCAAAAGUGAGAGACAUUAUCUUCAACAUGACGCUGACAGCACUCGCCCCUAAAUUAAACACUCUGAAUACAGAGGAAUUCAAGCUGUGGUUCCAGGUUUAUCUCGUUUUGCUUCUGCCUAGCAUCAAUUCAGAGACAUUUGCUUCAAUUCCCAAAAAUAUCAGCUGUGGCUCCUACCAUGAAAUUGUAAAGGGAUGUGACAACGUGUUUACUCGCCUCUCAGUGAAGCAGCCUGAACUGGUCUUCAUCUUCAGUAAGGAGUAUCUAAGAGAGCAAUCAAGCAAAGGCCUCUCCUGCAUUGAGUCUGUGAUAGAUGAUAGAGACUGGCUUCAAAAGAACUUUGGACAGUUUAGAACUUAUGCCUCAUAUGCCGACUUUGUGAGCCUGAAGAAUGACUUUAAUGGAGUGGAAGCAGCCAACCUCCUCACUUACAUCCAGUUGGCCCAGCUUGCCACUGUUUCUGUACAACUGAAAAGUGUUGAAAAUGUCCACAAGAUAAUGGCAGCCAUCAGUCCACUUGAAUUUGGCCCCUUCUUUGACAUACUCUCACCAACGAUUCAGGAGCACAAAGUCAACUACACGGGAGAGGUCAAAUCAGCCUUCGUACAAGCGGUGUUGGAGCGAGGGAACCUGUCAUCCUCCACCAUUAAUGACACAGAGUUCCUGGUUUGGCUCAGAGUUCGGCUGAACCCCCUCCUGUCGAAACUCUCAGCCAGCCAAGUGAUGCCAUUCUUUAACAUACUAAAGGCUAGAAGCUGCAACAACAGUCAUGAGGCAAUUGAAGUAUUGGACACACUGCGCUCAACACUGAAUGAUACGAUACAGAGGGAAAUCUAUGAGAGUAUGCUUCUCCUCCUGCAAGAACCAACACAGCUCAGAUGCUACGUCAAUGGAAGCUUCUACUCAUUUCUGAGGGGAUCCUUCCUCAGCUUUGGAUUCCCUGAUCUGUCCACAUUUUUGUCUCUUAUGCCAAGCAAUCGUCAAUCUGAGCUCCUGAACUCUAUCACUUUAACUGAGCUGAAUCGGUUGCUCAGUCAGCCCAAAGUAACUGGCAACGACUCGAGUAUCUGCAUCAUACUUAACAACUACAAAGGCACCCUUAGUUUUCUUGAUAUGGAGGAUAUCCCCAUGGAUACAAAGAAGGCAAUAUUUCCUUGUGUGUGGAGAAAAGUCCUACGCACCAACACUUGGUCAGAGGUCAAUGCCUGGUUUGACCGACUUACGAGCUACAUGAUGUUCCUCACCAAGAGCCUCAUCAGCUCAUCGGAAGUGCAGAAUGCCACAUGCCUUUCAUUCCAAAAACUAGUCUCAGUCCUGGGCAGCAAUUAUACCUUCAACAAUUCAGAUUUUGAAAAGAGUGAUGUGUAUCUCACAAUUAAAACUUACUUGAACAAUGGUUCCUCACCUAAGUGCUACAAUGCUUCCAAUUCUGAGCUCAACUCUACUGACUGGUUUGUGAAUUACAUCGGCACAUUUGUGACUUACAUCUCGCUGAGUGACCUCAACUCCUUUGUGCCUUCCAGUAAAAUCUCUGUGUUCUUGGAGAACAAGGCCAAUAUUGAGCUCUUCAACAAUACGGUCAUAGCAAGGAAUGUGACUGCCUACUACAUAACCCAGCUCUACAUACAAAACCCCACUUUCAAUCCUCUACAACUUCCUGGCUUCUUCCUGUGUGAUGUUCCAAGCUCUGCCUACAUCUCACUAAGCGAGAAAGCCAGUUCAACAAUCCUGGAUCUCCUCCUCCAGUUUUGCAAUGGAACUCAAGAUCCUCAGAUCUCUGCUGCAUUGGCAACAAACUUCCAAACCAUCACUCAGAGCACCAUAGUCACUUUGGGGAGCUCCAUCACAGGGCUGACCACCACCCAGAUCUCUUCUGUCUCUUCCUCCGUUCUUGUGUCCUCUCUGUCUUCACUUAGCUCCCUGAGUGGCUGGAACAUGGGCCAGGCCAGCACAUUGAUUCAGACCAUUAUAAGUGGAGGCUACCAGAUUAACAAUGCAUUCUCACUGAUUUCAUUGGGCACGCUGAUUGAAGGCGUUCCCUCUGCAACUAUUUCAACUAUAUCUACUAGUGAACUCCUGAUUGCUUCCAAGAGCACAACUUUUGUCACCAACAUUCUGGCAGCUCCAUCAAUUGUGCAGCAGACAUAUGUUGAAAAGAUCAUCUCCAUCAACCAAAGUGUGGAUGUUUUAAUGAUGAACAUCCCUGAUGAACUGGCAACAGAAAUACCCAGGACACUUCUGACAUUCUCUCAGGAAACUAUUGAUGUGCAGGUUGUCAACCAAAAAACUUGGAAACAAGAGCAGGCUGUCAUCUUUUACGGAUCAGUGGCCAGCGCAAACAUAGAUCCAGAGGAGCUCUCACCCUCCUUGCUACAAGGGUUCACAUGCACGUCGGUGCAGAAUUUGAAAAUCACCAAAAUUCAGCAGCUAGUGAAGGCCUGCAGAUCCAGGUUUAGGAGGAAAAAGGUGGUUCUAAAGGAAACACAGCUUACCUGCAUGUACAAUUUACUUGAAGACAACCUCUCCCAGAACUUCACAGACUACCCCUCAGAAAUGCUACUCUAUUUCAACUAUGCGAAGGUGGAGAAAAGCAGAUGCCGUUCGUACUUUAAUGCAGUAGGUGCUGCAGACUUCUCCAUCCUCUCCAGUUUGUUAAAGAAGGACAUGGUUCUUUUGAACAAUGCAAAAAACUGCUUGGGUAUUAGUGGGCUAAAUCUCAGCAGAGACAAUGUGGAGGUGUUAGGCAACAUGUGCUGCAUGCUGGAUAGCGCCUACAUCCAGAACUCUGAUGAGCUGAUCCUGGAGAAGCUCAAGAACUGCAAUGGACUCUCAAGCACACAAGUAUCUGCCAUCGAAGCACGUCUGCUCUCUGGGAACACAACAUAUGGAACACCCUCCACUUGGAAUCAACAAACCUUGGAUGACCUUGGAACCCUACCACUGUAUUUGACUAGAAACAUAUGGGACAUCUUUCCAACUCGGGUGAAGAGAAGUUUCUUGAGGUUGUAUAUGCCUCAGCUUAGGACGAAAAACACAGGAAAGAAUAAACUGAAGGAGCUGUUCACACAGUGCACCUCACUGAGAGUCAAACGAGGAGCAGGAUGCACUACUGGCAACAUAACCCAGACCACCAUUGCUGACCCCUCGUUCCCCUUCGGCUACGAUGUUACCCAGUUUGACCUUUGUCUGGAUGUUGGUGUGCUGACAGAGAACGUUGCCGCUGUAACUGAGAAAGUGGAUGACAAUGGCUUCCAAAAAGUUAUCUUAGCCAAACUAAACCAGGGUAACCCUUCAGGCAUUGCUGAUGAGCAAGUCCAGUUGCUAGGUUCAGUGUCUCGCAUUGCCACCCUUGACGACAUCACAAAAUGGAACGUCACUAAGACUGACACUCUGUCAGCACUAAUGAAGACUGCUGAUGGUACAUGGGAAGCAACUAAGAGUAGGGCAAUUAUCACCAAAUACCUGGGCACACCAGGCAACUCCUUGGGAAGUUUUGAACUAAAUGCCAUUGACUCCAACCUUUGUGCUCUGGACAUCAACGUAUUGAGUGCUAUUACCGCAGACAGCCUGAAGCAUGCGGCUGCCCUAGAUGUGACAUCAUGCUCAGCUGAACAGAAGAGAGUUUUGUAUACCAUCAGCAACUCCUCCUUUAUCUCACAACGUAGUAACUCCGGUGUAUUCUACCAACUCAUCAGCCCCUAUCUAGGCGGUGCUCCAUUACAAGAUAUCAGAAUGCUUUCUACUCAGAAUGUAAGCAUGGACAUUGCUGUUUUCCAAAAUCUGGACAUCAAGGUUGUCACGAACCUGACUGUGAGUGAAGUAAAAGGACUUUUGGGUUCUAACGUACAAGAUCUGAAGACGUUUGAGAACAACACGGUUGUACAAGCAUGGAUAGCCGCACAACCCCAGGCUGAGCUUGACACUCUUAACCUGGGUCUGAGCGGUGGAACCAGCCAUCUUGCUGAAACAACACCGGCAUCGACAGUCACAACAGCAGCAGCUACAGACACAACUGCUACAUCCCCGCAGGUUACGGACACUGUAACACCAGCAGAAACAUCAGCAGCAACUUCAGGGGCAGCAUCAGCAGCAACAUCAGAGGCAGCAUCAGCAGCAACAUCAGCAGCAGCAACAUCAGAGGCAGCAUCAUCAGCAACAUCAGCAGCAACAUCAGAGGCAGUAUCAGCAGCAACAUCAGCAGCAUCAGAGGCAGCAUCAGCAGCAACAUCAGCAGCACCAUCAGAGGCAGGAUCAGCAGCAGCAUCAGCAGCAACAUCAGCGGCAGCAUCUGUGACAGAUACUUCAUCACAGCAGGUUACCAACACUGUAACAUCAGUAACAACAGCAGCAGCCAAUACAGCAGCACCUUCUGGAGCAACUGUGACAGACACUUCAACACAGCAGGCAGCAACGGUUACAGCCACCAGCACAACAAAGCAAGGAAGCACAAGUGGGGCAUCAAAACGUGGAAAAGAUCUGGGAGCCCUGUCAUUCUGUUUGGUUUUACUCACCAUCAUCAUGAAGAUACAAUGAUGAAGACAGCAAUAUACUGCCAAAUACUCCAUAAUAUUGUAACUUUACCUCUAUUAUUUACCAUAACAUUAUGCUAUGUAUUAUGUUCUAAGACAUAUUCAAAUCAUGUAUGUAAUCACUUACUGUCUUCAAUGUAAACUCUAUGACAUUUAAAUAUGAAAUCAUGAUACUGAAUAAAAUCGGUUACUGUUAAUAAAAAAACAAACACUUAUACACAAAACUAAUUCAAGACAAUAACGCAAAUAAAUAUAUAACCACUAUGUAAAUCAGUUCUAUAUAUCAUAUUCUUAAAUAUAUAUCUGUAUUUAACACGUUUUUAGCAAUCUGUAUUUAUCAGCUGCAUAUGUUUUGAACUGCAUAAUAUUAAGAUGAUUAUUAAAACAAUUAGUUAAACAA